AUGCCUGGUGUCCAGGGAGGUUUAGCAAUCAGUGGGGAUUCCCCCGCGGCUGUAUUAAUCACAAGUCGUGCUCUACAUCGCUCACCCAACACUGUAAUGUCGCCUAACAUUAUCAGUGACACUGAUAACUCCGUAUUAGAGGAGAUAGUCAGUUCCGUGCACAGUUCCGAGCACCUAGCUACAGCUAGAUCCAAGUGGAGACGCGAUACUUGCGACUGUGUGCGUGCCCCGGUCGGGGGAUCCCGUGGGACGGAAGAAAGUGUGGCCGACUCGCCACCUGGGACCGCGGGGGUGAAACGAGGGUUCUCAAGGAAAGGAUAA